AUGACUGACGUUGUGAACUCAAACUCAGCGAAAUUGCGUAUUUCUCCCACUUUGGAGAUCAAUGAACUCGUCUCGAAGGCUCGCGCAGAAGGCAAACAUGUCAUCCACUUGGGCUUUGGCGAGGCCACAUUUCCCAUCCAGCAAGAUGUCCUCCAGACCCAUCGGGACGCAUCCAGUGAAACAAGCUAUAUGCCCGUAGCCGGCAUAGAGGCUUUGCGAGACGCUAUUGCGACUUUCAAUUCGGAUCGUCUAGGUGUUGAGAUUAGCCCUAAUCAGAUUGUUAUUGCUCCUGGGUCAAAGCCCCUACUUUUUGCCUUAUUUGAUAUACUAGACGGCGCUGUGUUACUUCCUCGUCCCUCGUGGGUCAGUUAUGAGCCGCAAGUGCUGCAUGCCAUGAAGAAGCUUUUUUGGAUCGAGACGGACCCUGUCGAUCGUCACAGCAUUACCGACCUUAUCGUUGUGGCAGAAUCUUCUCUUCUCUCUGCCUACCAGCAAGCAAUCUCAGAGGGAUGCAUCCCUCGCAUUAUGCUGAUCAACAGCCCAUCAAAUCCGACAGGGCACGUCUUCUCGGCGAAUUGCAUUGGAGCUAUCAAAGAGUUCUGCAAAUCAAAGAAGAUAAUUCUGAUCACCGACGAGAUCUAUUCCGACAUUUGCUUCGAUGCGGCCCAGAGAGGCAUAAGCGCGUUUGACAGCAACACCGAUGAUUCCGAAACUGUGAUCCUUACCGGCGGACUAUCCAAGACAUACUCGGCCGGUGGCUGGCGCGUGGGCUAUGCCAUUUUCCCCCCUUCCCAAAAGGGCGAAGCUAUCCGCAAGACAAUCCUCGCAUACGCUUCCGAAUGCUGGUCGGCAGCCUCCGCACCGGCUCAAUUGGCAUCUGUCAAGGCCUUUUCCACGGGCGAGGCAAUGUGCAGAUACCGCAAAUCUGUUACUGCCUUGCACCGAUACUGUACUUGGAGGCUCUAUUCUGCGCUCCUGAAACUCGGAUUGGAUGUUAGCGAGCCCGGGGGUUCCUUUUACGUUUACCCGUCCUUUUCACCAUAUGCAGCGCAGCUAUAUAAACUCGGAAUCCGCACCAGUGCGGCUCUGUCAGCGUGGCUGAUACGAGAAUGUGGACUGGCUGCCCUCCCCGGCUCCGCGUUUGGAGAGGAUGAUGAUGGGCCCCUGCAUGGACGGUUCCGGCUACGGAUGGCCACCAGCUAUUUGUAUUUCCAAAACGAGGCUGACCGAUACGAGAGGGGCUAUGACCUCCUAGAGCGCUGCGCCGCUGGGAAAGAGAUAGAACUCCCUUACUUAGAGGAGGCGACCAAGGCGCUAGAAAAUGCCGUGCAGAAGCUACAAAACAUCAGUCUGUGA